UAGUGACUACAAAACCCUAAUAAAGUUGGCUACUUGGCCUUGCCGCCUAUCUCUGUCUACUAGUUUUGGAUCUCAUCAUCUCAGAGGGGCGUCACUUGGAAGCUGGUAGUCCACGUCAUCAUCGAGAGCUUCACGGUUUUCUUCUUUGAAGCGAACCGAAGCCAUGGCCUUAAUCCUGCAUGCAGGUAAAUCAAACAAAAAUGCUUACAAGGCACUCAUUGCAGCUGAGUAUGCCGGCGUGCAGGUUCAGUUGGCCCCCAACUUUGAGAUGGGUGUGUCUAAUAAAACCCCUGAAUUUCUCAAGAUGAAUCCUAUUGGCAAGGUUCCUGUGUUAGAGACACCGGAGGGUCCUGUAUUUGAGAGCAAUGCAAUUGCUCGUUAUGUUGCUCGGGUAAAGGAGGACAACACUUUGUAUGGUUCUUCCUCUAUUGAUUAUGGCCACAUCGAGCAAUGGAUUGAUUUUUCAUCAUUGGAGAUUGAUGCUAAUAUUGGCAGGUGGUUCUACCCAAGAAAGGGAUUUGGACCUUACCUUCCUCCGGCCGAGGAGGCUGCAAUUUCUUCCCUAAAGAGAGCAUUGGGUGCAUUGAACACUCAUCUUGCCACUAAUACUUACCUGGUUGGACACACGGUGACCCUGGCUGACAUCAUAACAACAUGCAACUUGUAUUUGGGUUUCACUAAUAUCAUGAUCAAGAGUUUCACCUCAGAGUUUCCUCAUGUUGAGAGAUACUUCUGGACCUUGGUUAAUCAGCCAAACUUCCGCAAGAUACUCGGUCAAGUCAAGCAGGCGGAUGCUGUCCCCCCGGUUCCAUCUGCUAAGAAGCCUGCCCAGCCAAAAGAAUCUAAGCCCAAGGCGAAGGAUGAGCCAAAGAAAGAGGCAAAGAAAGAGGCGAAAAAAGAACCGGAAAAGCCCAAAGCAGAAGAGGAGGAAGAAGAAGCUCCCAAGCCAAAACCCAAGAAUCCUCUUGAUCUUCUCCCCCCAAGUAAGAUGGUAUUGGAUGAAUGGAAAAGGCUCUAUUCAAACACCAAAACUAAUUUCCGUGAGGUUGCAAUCAAAGGAUUUUGGGACAUGUAUGAUCCGGAAGGAUAUUCUUUGUGGUUCUGUGAUUACAAGUACAACGAUGAGAACACUGUUUCGUUUGUGACGAUGAACAAGGUUGGUGGGUUUCUUCAGCGGAUGGAUUUGGCCCGUAAGUAUGCAUUUGGAAAGAUGCUCGUGAUUGGAUCCGAGCCACCAUUCAAGGUGAAGGGGUUGUGGCUUUUCCGUGGGCAAGAAAUUCCCAAGUUUGUGAUGGAUGAAUGCUAUGACAUGGAGCUUUAUGAGUGGAGUAAGGUUGACAUAUCUGAUGAAAAUCAAAAGGAACGCGUCAAUCAGAUGAUUGAAGAUCAUGAACCAUUUGAGGGAGAGUCUCUUUUGGAUGCUAAGUGCUUUAAGUAAACAUGUGAUUUUGUUGCAUGAAAUGGUAUGUUCUUUGUUUGUCUUCGAUUUUGGUAGAGUUUUGAUUAAGGUUGCUACAUUUUGAAUGGACGUAAGCAUUUAUAAAAUUACCAGUAUUGAGUUUUAUUUUUA